AGACGGACGGGCAGACGGACGGACAGACGGAAGGACAGACGGAUGGACAAAUACAAACAACAUUCCUAUGUCAAGGAAAGGUCGGUGGAGGAGGAGGAGGAGGAGGACAAGGAGGAGGACAAGGAGGAGGACAAGGAGGAGGACAAGGAGGAGGACAAGGAGGAGGACAAGGAGGAGGACAAGAAGGAGGACAAGGAGGAAGACAAGGAGAAGGAUAAGGAGGAGGACAAGGAGGAAGACAUGGAGAAGGACAAGGAGGAGGACAAGGAGAAAGACAAGGAGGAGGACAAGCAGGAGGACAAGGAGGAGGAGGACAAGGAAGAGGACAAGGAGGAGGACAAGAAGGAGGACAAGGAUGAUGACUGGGAGAAGAACAGGGAGUUUGAACGAAAGGGGGACAGCAAGAAUGGCAAAGAGAACGAGAGUAGUUAG